CUGGACCUUCCACCAGCGGCCCCGACUCACAGCCAGCCUCCAGUUCUACCUUUGCACCAGCUCCGACAUUUGCCGCCGCAGUGCAGACUCAUCAACCCCUCUCCGGUUCCACCCUCGUGCGUCUGUCGGACAUACCCGACUACGAUGGUACGAUGCAUGUGUCGCACUGGUUACAGGUUGCCACACGCGCGCUGACACUGACUAACACUAGUCAGGACUUGUGGUGUUCCGCCCUCGCAACUAAAUUGCGAGGCAGUGCGUUCUCCGCUUGGGAGAUCUAUUAUACCCAUCGCACUCGUGCAGGUGAGGCGCCCACUCUCGCGGAUUUCACCACGUUCCUCCACGACCGCUACGGAACCCUCCACGAUGCGACCGACGCCCUAGAUCGGGUCACCCAGACGCAGUGGCGGGGGUCCUCCGCACCCUCCGAUCUUGAGCGUCACAUCAGAGUGUUCCAGGACGCCCGCCUCAUUUGCGAUGAGGCACUCCUACCUGAGGUCCUUCUGACCAACAGGUUCGUAGUCAGUCUUCCGACUGACUACCGUAUCGAGCUUUGGCGACAGAGCUUCGCCUCCGCCGAGCAAGCCUACGAGGCCGCUCGACAGUACCAGAAGAUGCGGAAUCGCUUCUCCGACACCCCAUCUUCUUCGCGAUCCACCACUGCCGCCACCCAGUCACGUGAUGCUACUCGCGGUCGAUCCUCCCUCGCUGGUCGGUUUCGUCGAUCAGCCCGACCUGGAGCGUCAUUCUUUCAGCUCUACAGUUCUCUGGAGUACGGCGAGGAUGCCUCGGCCGAGUGUGACCCUACCCUUGGGGACGCCUCUGAGGACAUCGAGCUACGAGACGUCAUCCAGUAUCACUUGGAUGGCGACACUGUUCCGGUGGCCGAGUGCUUGCUGAUGGCCAUGUCUGCUAUGGGUCGUGCUCGUAGUCGAGUUGCACAGGCUGGCGCCCGCACACCCACGGUUCCUCAGAUAGACCUCCCGCAGGGUUAUGUCCCUCCUCGUGGAGCUUUAUCCCCUGAGGAGCAUGCCGCCCUCGAGGCCAGGCGCGUGGACGGAACUUUCCGCCUCUGCAUCGACUACCGCGGCCUUAACCGUUACACGGUUAAGAACAGUUAUCAUAUGCCCAGCGCGGAUGAGCUGUUUGACCGUCUGGCAGACAACCGCUUCUUCACGAAGAUCGAUCUUCGUAGCGGUUACCACCAGAUCCCCGUUGUCACAGAAGAUCAACCGAAGACCGCCUUCCGAUCACGCUUUGGCCACUACGAGUUGACGGUGAUGCCAUUCGGCCUCACCAAUGCACCCGCCACCUUCCAGACGGCGAUGAACGAUAUCUUCAGGGACAUCCUUGAGGAAUACGUUCUCGUAUACCUGAACGAUAUCUUGGUCUACAGUCGUACCUUAGAAGACUAUAUCAGACACCUCCGCGAUGUCCUACAGCGCUUACGCAAGAAUGACUUCUAUGCCAAGCUCAGUAAGUGCCGCUUUGCCCAGCGCAAAGUGGACUUCCUAGGACACCAUGUGUCUGACCAGGGUUUCCACAUGGACGACGCGAAGAUCACUGCUAUUGCAGAGUGACCCGUCCCCACAUCUGCCAAGCAGCUUCGCAGCUUCCUAGG